CCAAUCAGCGCCUUCGUCCCCUCCCCUGCUGCUCUCCGAUUGGCUCCGAAUCCUGCCUCCAUCAGCUGCGGUACUAACAGAGCAGUUAGAAACCUUCCAGAACAAACGACAUCUUCCGCAUCCACCACCAUGACUCUGCAGGCUGAUUUUGAGAAAGCGGCAGAAGAUGUGAAGAAGGUGAAGACGAGGCCGACGAACGAGGAGCUGCUGGAGCUGUACGGCCUUUACAAGCAGGCGACUGUGGGAGACAUUAACACUGAUCGACCAGGACUGACGGACCCAAAGGGAAAAGCAAAGUGGGACGCCUGGGAGGGCAGGAAAGUUCGUCCCUUUGCUUCUGAGAAAGAGUUUAAAGCCACUGCAGACAUUGUGAGGAAAUUCCAAGAGGGUGUCGGCAAAGAGCUGCACCAGAAGCUGCUGCAGAGAGCCAAAACAAAGAGGAACUGGCUGGAAGAAUGGUGGCUGGACGCGGCCUAUCUGGAGUCUCGCAUUCCGGCUCAGCUGAAUGUGAACUUUGCCGGGCCGGCGCCCUACCUGGAGCACUGCUGGCCGCCUGCAGAGGGAACUCAGCUGCAGAGAGCCAGUGUUAACAUAUGGCACACACUGCAGUACUGGAACCUGAUCCGCACGGAGCGGCUGGCUCCUCAGAAAGCUGGAAAAACUGCGCUCGACAUGGACCAGUUCAGAAUGCUCUUCUGCACCUGCAAAGUGCCCGGAGUGAAGAAGGACACCAUCCGCAACUACUUCAAGACAGAGAGCGAGGGUCCGUGCCCCUCCCAUGUGGUCGUGAUGUGUCGGGGACGCUUGUUUACGUUUGAUGGCCUUUGUGACGGAGAAAUUAUCACUCCCCCAGAAAUUCUCAGGCAGCUGAGGUACGUGAAAGAGCGCUGCGAGGCCGAACCAGAAGGAGACGGAGUAUCUGCCCUCACCACAGAGGAGAGGACUCGCUGGGCGAAGGCCAGAGAACAUCUGAUAAACAUCGAUCCACACAACGAGACCAUCCUGGAGACCAUUCAGAGCAGCCUGUUCAUCAUUUCUCUGGAUGAGAAGAAGCCCUACGCGACCCCAGACAACUACACGAACUUAACUGUGGAGGCUCUGGCAGGAAACCCCACCGUCCGCUGGGGAGACAAGUCGUACAAUUUCCUCAUGUUCUCAGACGGGACCUGUGGAUCCACUUGUGAUCACUCCCCGUAUGAUGCCAUGGUGCUGGUGUCUAUGUGCUGGUACAUCGACCAGCAACUCAGAGAUACCGAGGGCAAAUGGAAGGGCUCAGACGCCGUCAGAUCGAUGCCACUUCCAGAGGAGCUGGUGUUUACUGUGGAUGAAACCAUCAGCAGUUACAUCAGCCAGGCCAAGCAGCAAUACCUGGAGUCGACUCGGGACCUCCAGGUUAUUUGUUACGCCUUCACAGCGUUUGGAAAAGCCGCCAUCAAGCAGAGGAAGCUGCAUCCAGACACCUUCGUUCAGCUGGCGAUGCAGUUGUCCUACUACAAAAUUCACAAGAAGCCAGGAAGCUGCUAUGAGACGGCCACGACGCGCAAGUUCUUCCACGGCCGGACGGAGACGAUGCGACCCUGCACCCAGGACGCUGUGGACUGGUGUAAAGCCAUGACGGACCCCACCACCGAUACAAACGUCAAGAGGAAAGCCAUGCUGCAGGCCUUCAAUAAACACAACAAACUGAUGGCUGAAGCCCAAGAAGCUAAAGGUUUUGACCGACAUCUUCUGGGGCUUUACCUUAUUGCCAGGGAGGAGGGACGUCCGACUCCAGAGCUGUUCAUGGAUCCCCUCUACUCAAGGAGCGGUGGAGGUGGUAACUUCACGUUGUCGUCCAGUCUGGUGGGCUACACCACCGUCCUGGGGGCCGUGGCUCCCAUGGUGCCCCACGGCUACGGCUUCUUCUACCGCAUCAGAGACGACAGGAUCGUGAUCUCCAUCUCGGCGUGGAAUUCCUGCCACGAGACGGACGCCGUGACUCUGUUCAACAACUUCUCCAGCUCCUUGCACGAGAUGCUGCACUUGGCCACCACGUCUCAGCUGUAGCUCCCCACAGAGGGAAGAGAGGCCAGUUUAAGCCUGCAUCUUUUACCUCUCUGUCCCCGUUUGAGCCUUAAUACGUAGUUAGUUAACCUUUAGUUCAGCACAAAUCAAUGCAAAGGUGCAGAAUUCGCACCGCUAGAUGACGAGAGGAAAAAAUCAUGUGUUUCUUGUAGUUUGAAAUGAGAUUUUCUUUUGUAAAUUUUUAUUUUUAAUGUAAAUAUUUCUUGACUUUGGUGAUUCUAGUCUGAAUGUUAUUGGGACUUUAAUCUUUAGUGACAGUAUUAAUCCAUGUUUAAGCUAAAUGCUGAGUCAGUCUGAAUCUUCUGAAGGCCUUCGUUGUAGCUCUGAAAAUUCAUUCCACUUAAAACCAGAAACAUACUGACAAAGUUAAAUCAGGUUGAUUUGCCGUGUUGAGGUUUUGGGUCAAGCUUCCUAUUCAACUGAGCUUCAGUGAAAUACGCAACAGCAGCACCCAGCUAUUAAAUAUGAACCGAGUCAUGUUAAAAAAAACAUGAAUCUCA